AUUUCUGUCUGACUCGGGGGAUGAUGAGCAUUCUCCGGCGGCGUGACUCGUAUUUCUUACUCAUCCUUCCUCUUGUUGUUGUUCAAAUUCUGCUCUCUCUCCAUCUCCGAUGAUCAUCCUCUCUUCUUCCCCUCCCUCCCUCCUCUUUCCCUUUGCUUUGCUUUGUUCUCCUCACGUUCCUCCGCGCCAUCCUCAUAGUCUCCUCCCUUCCGCUGUUCCUUCCUUCCUUUUCCCUUCCGGUUCCGCCCUUGUACAGUUUGUUUCGUCUCACUUUUCCUUACUUCUCUGUGUGGUUGUAUUUGUUUCGUAGCCGUUGGUUUACCUCUUCUUCCAGCGCUGAAUUUUCUCUACUUGUUGUGAGUUCAUUUUUAUUUUUAUUUUUAUCUUUUUCAUCUUCAGUUUUUUGGUUUUUAAAUUUUGUAAGUAUUGGAUUGCAACCACCGGUUUGCGGUGCUUCUGUAGGGUUGGGCAUUGGUUUCGUUUGGACUGGUGUCUCGGUCCUGUAAGAAAGAUCAGUUCAGGUUUAUGUGAACGUGUGUGUAUAACCGAAGCUGCGUUCCGAAUUUUUAGUCGCGCGUUCCGUGAUUGAUUGAUAUCCUUUGUCUACCAGGGGAUCAGAAAGUGCAUCUCCUCCUUUGUGUUUAUGUUUUUGUCCUUCUCCCGUUUGGUGGAAACGCCACUUGACUAUCUUGGCAUUGGCGCUGUCGACUAUACAACUACCUUGCCCUAAAGGUAGUUAAUUACCGAUUUGGCCUCCAGUUUUGUGGGGUACUAGACCUAACUUCUCAGUUCCCGUUAUGAUAUGUUCUCGUUUUACUCUGUUGUUGUUGCUCCCCUCUUUUCCCGUAGCGUGGGUUGGUUUGUUCAACGCUCCCAUGUUGAGAAGCAUUGCUGUCUUCGUUUGUGUGUCAAUAACACCUAGCAAAUAUCUGGGAUGGCCGUUGCGGCUCUCGCUCUGUACUCGUCGUGGCGCAAGUCAAUCCCAAGCCGUCUGUUUGUGACCUCGGUGGACGCCCAAACAGUAUCCGCACGUAACCCGAACCGCAGGCGCAACAGGCAAAAAUUAGUGAAAAACACUCAAGAGGUAGGUGAGGAGUCUAAUUUGCAACCUCAGCGCGGCCGCCGACCUUCGCGGAAGAAGUGGAGCGAGAAGAGGAUGGACUCUGAAUUCGACAUGGUAAUCGUCCCCCCAGAUGGAAUUUCAGUGUCGGGCUCGGACACGGACGACUCCGACUGGUCGAUUGGCUGGUUCGAGCCUCACAGCAAAAAAUUUACCGAUGACGAGGAGGACAGCUUUGCCGUUCUGAUGCCAUGCUAUGGCUCUCCGACCCCCCCAGAUACCAACUCAAGGAAGGCCUUCACUCCCAAUGAACAAUCGAAGCCACCUGUGUGGUCUACCAUGUUCUCCAGGCAAUCCAGCAUUGAUCAUAAGAAACGCCUUGAGCGAUGGUUGUCAGGAAUCUGAAACUGGAUCACCACUUAAAGCGGCAAAUAUCAACUGUUCCUGAAAAUGCCAAUGGAGGUACAUUAUAAUUUAUGAAAGCUUCAAGUGAGCUGUGAAUGCAAAAACCCAAAGAAUGGCGAAGAACAUUGUGAAAUAUUGGCAACUGGCAACUGCGAUAGGACCGGAAGUUUCUUUUGUAGCCACCGCUGGAAGGAGUGCGAUGACCUAUGGCCAUCACUCACAGCGAGUGCUCAGAUUCAUUGAUCAAUUUUCUUUCGAAAGGUUGCAGAUUUGUACAUAGUGACACCAAGGUUGGUAAAGACUUUUAAAAAAGCAAAACAUGACAAACGCCCCCAAAAAGAACAAGGGAGCUUUUCCUGGCUGUACCGAAGAAUAACCUCCCUCAACGUAGGCUCCACAACAUGUUCAAAUGAGGCAGCAAUUGGAUGGUCGUCUUCGAAGGUUUACAGUCUCGGCAUGUGAUUCAGCUUUCGGCAGUGAGCUUCAAGAAGUGUAAGGCUCCAUCAUUUUUUGUGCCGAAAAGAACUUGUACGUAUCCAUUUUGACAUUUGGUCGAAUCUGUAUUAUAACAAAGCACACAAAACUAAGGGAAUUAUAUUUAUAUUCACAUUUAUAUAAAUAUCUGUACAUAUCUACAGUAUCAUCCUCAUUUUUUCAUCAGCCCAUAUUCUUACGAGGUAGCGUUGCAGGCUCGUGUCCAUUUUGUAUUCCUUCAGUUAUUUUAAUAAAGACUUAGAUUUCUCAAUCCCAGAUGAAAUCAAAUAGACAUUUUA